GAACGGGCAAUGAUUUGGCUCGUGCACUCGGCUGGGGCGGUGGUUACGUCGACGAAGAGCUGAGUGAUGUGUUCCGUGGAUUGGAGGUAUAG